AUGAAGGCAGAACGGCGGAAUAUAGUGAUGUUUGGAAGCUUUUCAAAUACGGUUCCCUAUAGUCACCCGUACAUCUGGGCACUGAAUCAAGUCAAGUUGUACUCUACAAAUGAUCACAAAGGACAGGGAUCACAGAGUCACAAAGAGGGAAAAUUACCAUCCCUUGAUAAAGCAGCAGAAGAUAUAGGUGAAGAACUCAAAGCUCCACUUUUGACAAAGGACCCUCUACAAGUAAGAGUCAAAGCAGUCCUUAAGAAGAGGGAAUAUGGACCAAAGUACACUAAGAAUAAUUUCAUCACUGGAGUCAGAGCAAUCAAUGAGUUCUGUCUUAAAUCCAGUGAUCUAGAUCAACUUCGAAAAAUCAGACGACGAAGUCCCCAUGAAGAUACUGAGUCUUUCACUGUAUUUUUGAGAUCAGAUGUGGAGGCAAAAGCUUUAGAAGUGUGGGGAAGCCUUGAAGCUCUUGCCAGAGAGAGAAAACUGCGUAAGGAAGCAGAAAUAGAAUACCGAGAAAGAUUAUUUAGAAACCAAAAAAUCCUAAGAGAAUAUACAGAUUUCUUGGGAAACACUAAGCCACGCUCAAGAAUGACAUCAGUUUUUAUGAAGGGGCCAGGAAAAGUGGUGAUGGUUGCCAUUUGUAUCAAUGGAUUAAACUGCUUCUUUAAAUUUCUAGCCUGGCUUUAUACGGGUUCAGCAAGUAUGUUCUCUGAAGCUAUUCAUUCUUUAUCAGAUACCUGUAAUCAGGGUUUACUAGCAGUGGGCAUCAGCAAAUCUAUUCAAACACCAGAUUCUACUCACCCGUAUGGAUUUUCAAAUAUGCGUUAUAUUGCAUCACUGAUUAGUGGUGUUGGAAUAUUCAUGAUGGGUGCAGGAUUAUCUUGGUACCAUGGAGUCAUGGGAUUGCUUCAUCCUCAGCCGAUAGAAUCCCUUCUAUGGGCCUAUUGUAUUUUAGCAGGAUCAUUGGUAUCUGAAGGAGCAACUCUUCUUGUUGCUUUAAAUGAACUUCGUAGGAGUGCUCGGGCCAAAGGAAUGUCAUUUUAUAAGUAUGUAAUGGAAAGUCGUGAUCCUAGUACAAAUGUUAUAUUAUUGGAAGAUACUGCAGCAGUCUUGGGAGUGAUAAUAGCAGCCACUUGUAUGGGUCUUACUUCUGUGACAGGCAAUCCACUGUAUGACAGCCUAGGUUCUUUGGGAGUAGGCACCCUAUUAGGUGCAGUCUCAGCCUUCCUUAUCUACACCAAUACAGAAGCACUCUUAGGUCGAUCUAUCCAGCCUGAUCAAGUACAGCGGCUUACCGAGCUCCUGGAGAACGACCCAUCAGUAAGGGCAAUUCAUGAUGUUAAAGCCACAGAUUUGGGAUUAGGUAAAGUAAGAUUUAAAGCAGAAGUAGAUUUUGAUGGACGAGUUGUUACAAGAUCAUAUUUGGAAAAACAAGAUUUUGACCAAAUGCUGCAAGAAAUACAAGAAGUGAAAACUCCUGAAGAUCUAGAGACUUUUAUGCUUAAACAUGGAGAAAAUAUUGUUGAUACCUUAGGAGCUGAAGUGGAUAGACUGGAGAAAGAACUGAAAGAACGAAAUCCUGAAAUUCGACACGUUGAUUUGGAGAUUUUAUAGAUUUACUGGAGUUGGUGCAUCCUGGAAGGAGCCUCACCUUGCACGGAGGGGCAAGCCUGCCUGUUCUCACACAUGAAGGGAGUUGGUGCCGUUCUGAAGCCUUUUUUUUAAGAUGAAGGAAAUAUUUUGUAUAAAGGUCAAUUCAACAGUCCACAGAACUAAA